UUACCACCAAAUAUGCAUUAUGAAGGGCCAUGGCUUCAACAACAAUUAAUCCUUUCUGCAAGUAUUGGUAUUGCUUCAUUUUUGAUCUUCUCAUUAAUCAGACGAAGGUCUCCGGCACUCUUUGCCCCACGUACCAAAUUAAGAGGGUUUGCAGCACACGCCAAAGGAAUUGACGAUGGCGUAUUCAAUUGGAUUCUGCCAACACUUAAAACGGAUGAGAUCAAAAUUCUACAUAUAGUUGGCCUAGAUGCUGCCAUUCUUCUCAAUUUUUUCAAGAUGGGCUUUUGGACAUUUUUAUUCUUAAGUCUUUGGUCUUGCUGUGUAUUGAUUCCUGUCAACUACUAUGAUCAUGGAUCGAUGGAAGGUGUAGCACCAGGAGAAGAGCCACAGCCUGAAAAGCCUGGCAAUUUCACCGAACUAUUUUCGCUACCUGGUGACCCAAGUUUACCGUGGCUAUGGAGAUUGCCGAAUCUUUCACUUUAUCAUUUCACUCACCUUUUAUCAACAUACAUUUUCACUGCCUUGAUCUUGAGAUCUGUUUACAAAGCAUACAACAAAUUCGUGCGAUCGCGUCAACUAUAUGCGCUCGAUCUUUUGCAAAGCAUUCCGGCACGUACGGUGGAAGUACGCAAUCUACCUAAUCACCUUCGUAAAGAAAGGGAUUUGGCAGAAUAUUUCGAGACCAUGGGGUAUGCUGUCGAAAGUACAGUGGUUGUACGAGAAGUAAGAGGCCUUAAAGAUAUGCUGACCCGUCGGGCAAAUGCACUCUAUCAGCUUGAAAAUGCAUGGUGUAAUUGGCUCGGUAAUCCUACCACAGCUGAAUCAUACGAUCCUGAUCAAGUGUGCAAAUUGUCACAAGAUCGAGCCCAUGCUCUUGCUGAGGGUGGUGAACGAAUGGUUUUCGCUGCCUAUGGCGGCAACGUUUCCAGCACCGAUGAUGAACGUGCUCGUCUACUUGGUACUUCCGACCAGCUUCCCGAUCCAGCAGCUGGAAUCACUGCUCCAAAGAAUAAGCCUAGACCAACAAUGCACGUUCAAUCCUGGAAUCCGUUCUCCAGAAAGGUAGAUGCGAUCACUCUAUUGGAAACACGAUUCCGAGUAUAUGACGAGGCAGUGAGACGAUUACGCUCAAAAGGCAGCAAACCAUCUUUUGUCGGAUUUGUGACAUUUGUUGAUGCAAUGAGUGCUCAGGUUGUUGCUCAGUCUGUUCAUUACCCGAUCCCGGGCUAUUGCAAGACAAGUCUUGCACCUGAACCUCGUGAUAUCGUUUGGAGUAACGUUUCCGUUCCCUCGAACGAGAGACGUGUCCGACAACUUCUCGUUUCCGCCUUUACGAUUGCUUUGUUCGUCUUCUAUAUUCCGCCCUUGACAUUCCUUGCUUCUUUGCUCAGUCCAAACACGAUCAAGAAGUACUUACCAGGUUUGUACGAUCUUCUACGCAAGAAUAGACGAUUGGAAGCAUUGGUCAGCACCAACUUGCCGUCCGUUGUUUUGAUUGGGUUCAACGCUUUAUUACCUCUCAUUCUCGAAUGGACAGCAUAUCUGCAAGGUAUCAAAGCGCGUAGCUUGAUCGAAAUGAGCGUGUUGAAAAGGUAUCAUCUUUUCUUGAUGAUUUCCGUCAUCUUCAUUUUCCUCAUCACAUCGACCGCGUUGGGGGUACUCACAGAUCUGGCUGGCAAUCCGAUGAGAAUCAUAGAUAAGCUCGCUCAAUCUUUACCACAAGCACGUCAUUUCAGUUUGUCGUACGUGGUGUUCCAGUCGUUGGCCAUCAUACCGUUGCAGCUUCUACAAUUACCGGUCACAUUUGGUCGUGCGUUUGGUCGACUGACGGCAAAGACACCUCGUCAACAUGCUGAGCUGAAUGCACCACCUCAACUAUACUCUGGAAGUGUGUACCCUGCCGCUUUGAUCGUUUUCACAUUGGGUAUUCUUUACAGCAUUGUGACACCAUUGAUCACCGUCUUUGCAAUGAUCUACUUUGCCUUGGCAUAUCUGGUGUACAAGUACAAACUCUUGUUCGUUUUCUACCGAUCAUACGAAUCAAGAGGGCAAGCAUGGCCUUUGUCAUCGAUGCGUUGCAUUUGGGCUCUACUACUCUUUCAAAUCUUCCAACUUUCCCUCUUUUCGGUUCGCAAGCAGUUGCUAUUGUCCACUUUGACGUUGCCUUUGAUUGCUUUCACGUUUUGGUUCCAGCAUUACCUCUCGCGAACAUUCACAGAAUUGAGCGAGUAUGUUAGCUUGAGCAGCAUUGCCGAAAUCAACAAGCCAAGUCUACAGCCAGGAACGGGAAAGGCACAGGCAACGCUGGCACCAUCAGCAGAGAUCGCCAAUGCCGUCGCCAAUAAUGGAUCAGCGAACGACAACAGUAAGAAGCAACAAGUUAGUCAACAAAGAAAUCCAAUUGUUGCUCUGCGAGCGGAAGCUUUGGAUGGAAUUGAUCCAAGCGAGACAGUGUUAUCACGAAAACGGUAUUCGACAAAAGAUGAAACAUUAUUCAUUGCACAAAAAGAUCGUCAUACAGAUUACAGAGAACCUCCGGCAGCGGGCUACUAUUAUGGAAUCUUGAACACUGGGCGGAGACGGUAUGGACAUCCUGCCGUUGCUGGUACAUUGCCGGACAUUUGGCCUCCAGUUUGUGUAGAUGAUGACGACGAGAAAGAUGAUAACGAGCAAGAUCAAAGCGUCUCUCAUUCAGACACUGCUGGUUUACCUGCCGAUAAUAGCGAUCGAGGAUCAUUGACGGGCGUUGGUAGUGUGCUGGGAAGAACACGAAGACAGAGCAGACCACACGAAGCUGUUGUGGUCUCUUUACGAAAGCGCAAAUCAUCUUUGAUA